AAGCAUUAAAAUCAAUAUGGAUGUCCACUGAUAGAGACAUAUCAUUCGCCGAGAACUCAGCAUUACGAAAACGAUACUGUAAUUUCUUAAGAAUUCUCUCUGAGGAACGAGAUAGUGAGCGGGGUAGAACUGCGACUUUACUGUUACAGAAGGAUGAAACACAUGAGGUAAAGGAAUUCUGGGAAUGCGUCAAUCUUGAUAAAAAAUUGACAAAAGAACGGAUCACUAUUAAGAAGAAAACAGAAUUAGACGCAUUAAAG